GAAGCGAAGCUCGCGCUUCUUCGUCUGGUCUCCGGGUGUGGUUAGCUGGUGGGUGUGGCUUCCGCGGGGAAGUUUCGUUCAAACAGUCAAAAACAAAUUAAGGCCCCGCGUUAUGUGAUGCGAGUUGAAGGAAACAACUUAGUAGUUUAUUAUGGGCAAGCAGUAAAUAUUGGUGGGAGUUUAUUUUUCUUCUUUACUUCGAAAGGUUGAAGGUGCACACGAGCCCAAAGGCGGUGACACAGCAAGGUAACAGUGACGUGUGAAUCCAGGUGUGUCCGUUUGCUGAAAGAGAAUUAUGGGGCUUCUGCAGCUGCUGAAAUCCCAGUUCUUGUGCCACCUGAUCAUGUGCUCUGGGUUCCUGGUCAGCGGCCUCAUAAUAAACAUGCUGCAGCUCUGCACCUUACCUGUGUGGCUGCUCCAUAAGCAGCUGGCCCGCAGGAUCAACUGCAGACUGGCCUACUGCAUCACCAGCCAAAUGGUGGCUCUGCUGGAGUGGUGGUCCAGAACAGAAUGUGUUCUCUACACAGACCCAAAGAUGCAUCCACUUUAUGGAAAGGAGAACGCUAUUGUGGUUCUCAACCACAACUUUGAGAUUGAUUUCCUUUGUGGCUGGACUUUCUGUGAGAGAUUUGGAGUUCUUGGGAGUUCAAAGGUGUUGGCUAAGAAGGAGCUGGCCUUUGUACCUGUCAUUGGUUGGAUGUGGUAUUUCCUAGAGAUCGUUUUCUGCAAGAGGAAGUGGGAGGAGGACCGAGUGACUGUAGCCAAGAGUCUGCAGAACCUCCGGGAUUACCCAGAGAACUUCUGGAUGUUGCUUUACUGUGAAGGAACUCGCUUCACGCCAAAGAAGCACCAAAUCAGUAUGCAGGUGGCUGAGAGUAAAGGUUUGCCCAAACUCAAGCAUCAUCUUUUGCCUAGGACAAAAGGAUUCUGGAUCACAGUCCAAAACCUCAGAGGAACUGUUGCAGCUGUGUAUGAUUCCACACUGAACUUCAGAAACAAUGAAGUGCCGACCUUUCUUGGAGUUCUAAAUGGGAAGAAAUAUCAUGCUGAUUUGUAUGUAAGGAGAAUUCCUUUAGAGACGAUCCCAGAUGAUGAGGCAGGCUGCGCUGCUUGGCUUCACAAACUCUACCAGGAAAAGGAUAGCCUUCAGGAGCACUAUGCACAGACCGGACGGUUCCCUUCCCCUGUUGUGGAGACAAUACGCCGGCCUUGGCCCCUGAUCAACUGGCUGUUCUGGUCUUCCUUGUUCCUCUACCCACUUGGCAUUCUUCUUGCCCAAAUGAUCAGCUCUGGAUCACUGAUGACAAUCCUGGUUUCAGUGGCUCUCUGCACUACAGGUUCACUGGGAGUUCGCUGGAUGAUUGGCCAGACUGAGAUCGACAGAGGCUCUAACUAUGGGAAUAAGGAAGCUUGUCUGAACAACUAAAGGGAUUGGGAUCCACUUACUGAACUGUGCUGGUCCAACAAGUACUAAUCUGCUUGAGUGCAGACAGGAUUACUUCAGCCAAAGGUUCCAAGCAGAACUGUAAAGAUCACACAUGCCAGGCAUUUUGAGAACAGCUACCUCUGAAAACAGCUACAUUAUGAUUUCUUUGGGGGGGGGUUGCACUAAAUUAAAUUAGAAUAUUAAGAUAUUGUCACUGUACUUGUCAAUGUCACACAUUUCACUUUCUUUACAAAAAGAUUGGUUUAUUUAUUAAUGUUUGUACAUAGCAAACACUGAAUGAGCAGCAGAGGACCAGAAGUUUGUUUGUGUGUGUGUCUUGUGUUCAGCAGCAGGGAGGGUGAGCAGACCACAUUUCUCCUGUAGCAAUGCUCCAAUCACUGAUACUGUUCAUAUCAGCCCCCUCUUGGAGGCGUCACAACCAACCUGACAUUUACCUUUCAACAAAGAAAAAUACAUUUAAAAUGAGCCUCCUCAUGCAGACGCUUGCCAGACGAUAAGUUAAUUUGAUAAGGUGGAUGUUUUGUGCCAUAAACCAGCAGCUCCAUUCAGUCACAAAUGGUGGCUGGUAUCAUCCCUCUACACAACUGCUCCCUACGGUAAACAAUUUAAAAAGUGCCAUAGAUAUUGCCACCCAACCCUCCUAAAGUAUUCCUCAAUGCCUCUUCUAUGAGAAUAAAUGUAGCAAUAGUUAAAUCACUUUACAAAUAUGGUUUAUACAGAGAAUUAAAGCCAAUUAUUCUUACAGUAUAUAUACAGCAACCCCCCCCCCCCCCCAAAAAAAACCCCUGAACUCAACAAGUUCAGUUAUACUCUGAAAUGAUAGUGUGCAGUUCCUCAGCUUAAAUCCAUGUUCCUUCAGAUGAGUCUUCCUCUUCUGUUCCCAGUUUUCUUUUUGCUGACAUGUACAGUAGUGCUUUAUUUUGUAAACCUGAACACCACAGUGCAGAUCCUGGUCACUCUUCAUCUGUGCAAACCUAAAACAGACAAACCAGCAGCUGAUGGGGCAGAGUUUAGAGCAGCUUUAAUGUUCAACAAGUUGCACCUU